AUGAACGACCGUGAUUUUCGCCGUCUCGCACGCACGGAGUCUGAGGAGUUUCUGCUCAGAAUAACGUCCGUCGAGGAUAUUGAUGAACUCUUCAAUGAGAACGCGAAAGGCCCGAAAUGGGUGCUUAUGAAGCCUCCAGCUUCGGCGCAAACUUCUGAGCCCAAGCCUUACCAGGAGAUUCUGCGCGAGGAUGAAAUCAUUGCAUUGAUGGUCUCUGUGAGACCUUCUUGCUUGCAUUUGCUCGGGUCUCCAUAUCAACAUGAUUUCCCUCGCCUGGUAGUCAAUAUUAGCCAAGCAAAACAAGCUCAGUACUGA